GCUUUUGAGAAUUGAAAUGAUUUAACCCGUUUUGCGUGCUUAAAAAAAAAUCACACAACACGGGGGCUCGUAUUUCGCAUUUAACAACGCUCCUCAGUUUUAAUUUCUUUUGAGUUCUUAUAGAGCGCGCAAAAUAAUUUAGACUUUUGAAUUCUUUUUCUUUUUUUUUCGAAUAUUUUUUUUUUUUAGAAAAAUUUUUUUAUCUUAACCUCAGUCAAGAAAAUACUUAAGUCAUUAUAAUACCUGAUAAAGAGUGAAUUUACAAAAUGAAAAAAUUCAAACCAAUAGUACUUUAUGAUUCUUCAAACACACCUGAUACAAUCUCCCAAACAGACCUGUUGUAUCAACAAACACUUAUUGAAGAACAUAGAGUAAAGACAAGAGAAAUGCUGGAUCAUAACGCAAAGCUGUGGGAAAGUGAAGCUCCAUUAGAUCAUUCAUCAGAACCAUCACUUGAUCAAAAAAAUGUACUCAUUUCUCCGGCGUCUUUUGUAAACACGCCUGUAUCAGAGGCGGGCCGAGCUAUAUCUAGUCAUCAAACAAGAGAUGAAUUUCCAAAAACAAUAAAAUUAACGCCUGGUACAACAAACCCGACCGAACCCCAAUUAUACAGUCAUGAAGUUUUUACGUUAGAGGACGUCUCUCCAUCAAGUAGUCGCCGCAGCAGUAAUGUAGUUGGAAAAUCGGAAGAUGAUGAAGACGAUUAUUUCGAUGGUGAAGACGAGUGUCACACAAAUACGACGACAUUUAUCACUGAACCACAGUUUCAUCAUACGUAUAAACCAAAUAUAUCUAGAAAACGUCGUAGAGGGAACCUUCCCAAAAAAGUUACUGAAUUUUUAAAGCGUUGGCUUAUUCUUCACAAAAAACACCCAUACCCAACAGAACGAGAAAAGCAGAAGCUGGCAGACGAAACUGGAUUAAUGGUGAAUCAAAUAAGUAAUUGGUUUAUCAAUGCUCGUCGUCGAAUUCUACAGCCUUUGCUCGAAUCUGAAAAUAAACAAUUCACAAUGACGGCUGACUCCUCGUUAUCGAAUGAUGUCAACGUUGUUGGUGGGACAAGUACAGGCAAUAGAGAAGACCCGGUAACCGAAAGUGAUCAAUACCAACCCCAUUAUCAUCAUAAUUAUGAUGAUAGUGGUAAUGGUAGCAGCAAAAGAAACUUAUUGUUAAAUGAACCAACUGAAGAUGACGAAACUAUCGAAAGAGUUCCGAAGUACAAUGCCCCACCGCCUUGGGUUCUUUUACCGACAAAGCUUCCUUCCAUGAACAUUCUAGAGAAAGAUCUUGACGCUUUCAACCCAAAGAAAUAGAUAGAGAAAAUGUCUGUUUUCUUUUUGUUUUUUGGCACCCCACCCCCAUAAAA